AUGCAGGUGGCGCACUUCAGGCGGUAUGGGAUUCACGUUCUGGGGUUCGUCGGUCUCACCCUGUUGCUCGUCAUCCUCUAUCGGGAAGUAGGUACCACCGUUCUCGGCGACUCCAUACCUAUCCCCUUCGAGGCGGCGACUCCACCGCAGCCACCGCCAAGUGCGACACGAACGCCUUGCGUCGGACCCAGAGGGCGGUCCGUGCAGGAGGACCGCGACGAACAAAUAUGGGCAGAAUCCCUGGACUUGCCUUUCCCCGAGCCGGUCGGCGGUUCGCAUGCAGCCCUAGGCCUUCCCACUACCUUCAACACCCCCGAUACGCGAUAUGGCGCACACGGAUACAAUGAAGAGUUGGAGACUUAUCCUCGCACGCGCGUCGAGUGGAGCUCUGUCAAGUGGGCGGAUUUGCAGAACGAAUGUCUCGAGCGGAACAAGGAUCGCUUUGUCCGUACCGAUAGGAUCACCACCGACAGGAGGUUUACGCUGCGUGGGAGAGUCGAUUCCGAGCGGCUGACGGCACGGGAAGACUCGACCGGUCGAGCGGCAAUCGUGCUGAGGAGCUGGGAAGGCUACAAUUACACUUCGUUGGACCGUUACCACAUCCGGUCACUGAUCGUGGAAGCUGGACUGCAAUCAAAUGCGGACAUUGCGGUGUUUCUGCUGGUGGAUGUGAAGGACAAGGAUGGCGCAAGGCAGAUCUUUCACGAUUCAAAGAGCUAUGAUCGGGCUUUGGAGGAGUUGGUCCCCAUGGAGUUUCAAGAGAUUGCGGUCCUCUUCGAUCUCGAGCUGCUGGAAUCUUGGUAUCCUGCGAUAGUAGAGCAUUCGGCCUUCUUCCAAGUCUACCAACCAUUACAGCUGUUCGCGCAACUCUUCCCUGGCUUUGAUCACUACUGGCAACUCGAGAUGGAUGUGAAGAUCACAGGCCAUGCCGGAGUAUGGCUGGACGCCAUGGCCCGAUUCGCACGGGACCAACCCCGAAAGCAGUCUGUGGAACGGUCGUCGUACUACUACAUGCCGCAAGUUCACGGUUCGUAUGAAGAGUUCAGCUCGGCAGUCAACCAAAGCUUGAACGGUGGUGGUAUCUGGGGGCCAGCCCGGAUCGGUGACCUUCCCAGUCCCGUCGGACCUCAGCCGCCUGUUCCUGAUCCUACUAUGGACGACUUCGAUUGGGGCGUUGGUGAAGACGCCGACUUGAUCUUGACUAACGGUCUAGCGGAUGUGAAAGCGACCAAGUACUGGCCAUUCAAAGGCUGGGUUCACGGUUUCAAGGACGGAGAAGACACGCCUCGCUGGUACAGUCCGGUUGCCAUGGGCAGAUACUCGUGGAACCUGCUCAACGCGAUGCAUCACGCACAGGUUCAUCAGGGGUUGGCUCUCUCGUCAGAAGCCACCGCCGUAUCAUUUGCGCUGUACCACGGGUUAAAGGUCGUGUUUCCACCUCAUCCCUGGUACCACCAUCCUCAGGCCGAUCGGGAAGUGAGUGUCGAGGAGCUGGGGCAGUUGUUCAACGGUGGCACGCCUGCCGAGAAUGCGGGAACAAACAAUGGACUUGCAUUCGGUAGAGCCAUGUAUGAUCCGAAUGGCGUUUACAGUCUCUUCAACGGUGGCACGUGGUGGUGGGUGCCAGGGUACCCUGGAAGGACGUUCAAGCAAUGGAUGAAUCGCGACACAACGGAUAUGCCGGGUAUGUUGCGGGAGUUCAACGGACAGAUCUGGGCGCCGAUGAUGGCUUUGCAUCCUGUGAAAGUGGGAGACAAUGCAUGA